GGCAGAGUUAUAAUUGAGAGGCUGGAAUGCAAGACAACUGAAUGAAAAGCCUUCACCUCCAGCAAAAGCCAAAAGAUAGGAAGAUGGAGCUUUCAAAUAGAUCAACAACACCUACUGAAAAAGAGAGUUGGAGCGUGCGGUUGCCACCGAUUGUCUUUCCUACAGCAAUCACAGCUGAUGUCUCACCAACACACAAUAAGCUACUGAAACACCGAAGAUUCAAGGAACAGCAAAAGAUGCUUCAUCAGAUAGUAAUGGAUCGAGCUUUAAAAGACUAUCAAGCAACCACGGAAGAACUAUAUCAGAGAGUUCCUACACCUCCAGAGCCAGAAUUGCCUUCCACUAUGAAUAGUGAACAAAAAAAGCGAAGAAUCAACUAUCUCUUUAUGAAGGAGUGUGUGGCCAGUAACCCAGUAGUUCCUAUUCAACAGCAGUGGCUUAUGUCCAUGCUCAAAUGGGUUCCUGAGUCCCUCAGAGAAGGCAAGGACAGAAAGUUACUGGUUGAAGAGCUUUUUGGUGAGGUAACAAGGGAUUUUGAAAUGAGCAUGAAGAGAUGUGUAGUGCGAAGUGUUCUUAUAAAACCUAAUGUAAAAGGACUUGAAGAUGAAAAGGAGGAACCUUUACCUGUAUCACCACUAGGCCUGGAUUUUUCUGGACCAUGGCAUGAGAGUUUUAUACAAGCAAAAAAUCAGAUAAUUUCAAACUUACACAUUCUUCAUCCUACCCUGAAAAUUUUACUGGAUAUUGGUUACACAACAUUUUCCAAAAUACUUGUAGUGGAUUUGUCAAGUUUCAGGUUGAAAGGUCCAGUUGAAUGUGAAUCACUGAAGAAUGAUGUAUCUUUAAGCUGCUCAAAAACAGAAGAAAAGUUACUGAGCACAUGGUAUCCAAGAGUUAUCAAUCUCUUUACCAGAAAGGAAGCAUUAAAGGGUGUCAAGUCAGACAAAGCUGACUCUUUUUAUAAUUGUGUGGCUACACUUAUGUCUAAUCAGCUGAAAGAGCUGUUGAGAAGAACUGUUGAAGCUUAUGUGAAGCUCUUUGAUCCUGAGGACAAAAGAAGCCUACUGCUAUUUAAAAUGGAAUUGACUUUUGAUGAUGAGAAAAUGGAGUUUUAUCCAAGCUUUCAAGAUCUGGAAGACACCAUUCUGUUUAUAGUGACUCGGAUAGGGCAGACUCUUCAGCAUGUUCAAACCAUACAUUCUUGGCUAGCAGGAGGGGCCACAGCUACAACCCUGGACACUGAACUUGCUGAUCAUGUAAUAGCUUGGGCCUCAUCUACACUGAAAAAAGCAAUCCAGGACAACUUGGAAGGUCCAAAAGAAUAUUUUGAAAGCUAUGUUGAAAGGUAUGGCUGGCUUGUAGAUGGAACUGCACAAGUGCGAAUAGAUACCUUUGAAGCAGAGAAGCACAAUUUUGAUGAAUAUACUAUUUUCAUAGAUGAAUUCCUCAGUCUGGCUAAGGAAAUUAUGAGUUUACCCCAGCUGGCUCAUUUUCCUAUGAUGCGCUUGGACUGUGAUGAUUUGAAGCAGGGUUUGGCUGAUAAAGCAAAAAGCUUUGCAAACAUGCUGCUGGAAAGGAUAGUUGCUAAUCACAGAGAAGAAAAUGAAAAUCCCCAAGGAAGCUGCAUUGAAUGGUGUUCUCCAGACCUAAAACCAGGAACAGCACAAUUGUACAACCAAACAUUGCUAGUGCUGGGGAAAUUGGAUGGAUAUGCCAGGAAUUUGAAACAAUUAAAGAUCAUGCAUUAAAAGUUCCUGAGACAACAGAAGAAAUGAUGGAAACAAUAACUUAUGUAGAAAAAGCAAAAACCACAGGUAUUCAAGAGCUGAUUGUAAGGAUCAAGGUA